CAAAUACUUCGCUGUGAUAUUAAUAUAAAAGCAUUAUCACGAAGUCAAAAGUCAAAAAUAACAGGGACAUCUCUCCAAAUAAUGAAAACAUGUCCCCAAAUAACUCAUCAACUUGACAUUUCUUUUAAUAAUAUUACAAAUUUUAAUGAUACUUUUGAUAAAUUAGCAAAAAAUUUAAAGCCAGAUCAAAGAAUUAUUACUAUCAAUUUUGAGAAUAAUACGAAAUCUAACUGUAAAGAAUUAAAGGAAGAUACCUUACAUAUUUCUCGAAAUAUUUUGCAAAAAGAAUCAUCACAAAUUCAAUCAAAGAAAAAAAAUCGGUUGUUAUUUUAUUUAAAUACUAAAAAUUAG